UUCACACGGAGAGCUGGCAUGGCUGCUGUGCUCUUUGGCUUUGAGGAUCUGCUCUACAGCUGGGACAGCCUGGUGUGGAGCCUGACAUCCCGGGCUCUGAGGACUUGCCGCUUUGGAAACCUGAGGGUCCUGCAGCUCAUGCUGAAGCCAUGGUGCAUUUCCAGAGCCGUUUAUCAGAUGACGGAGGGCCGCAGAUGCCAAGUGCACCUCCUUGACGACAGGAAGCUGGAGCUCCUUGUUCAGCCAAAGCUUUUGGCCAAGGAGCUGCUUGACUUGGUGGCAUCUCAUUUCAACCUGAAGGAGAAGGAGUACUUUGGAAUUGCAUUCACAGAUGAAACGGGACACUUGAACUGGCUUCAGCUGGACCGCCGGGUGCUGGAACAUGACUUCCCCAAAAAGUCAGGACCAGUUGUUUUGUACUUUUGUGUCAGGUUCUACAUUGAAAGCAUCUCCUAUCUAAAGGACAAUGCCACCAUUGAGCUGUUUUUCUUGAACGCCAAGUCCUGCAUCUACAAGGAACUCAUUGAGGUUGACAGUGAAGUGGUGUUUGAACUGGCUGCAUACAUCUUGCAGGAGGCAAAGGGAGAUUUUUCAAGCAAUGAAGUUGUAAGGAAUGAAUUAAAGAAGCUGCCAGCCCUUCCAACACCAGCGCUGAAGGAGCAUCCUUCCCUUGCUUAUUGUGAGGAUCGAGUCAUUGAACAUUACAAGAAACUAAAUGGUCAGACAAGAGGUCAAGCAAUUGUGAAUUACAUGAGCAUUGUAGAAUCCCUCCCAACAUAUGGAGUGCAUUAUUACGCAGUAAAGGACAAGCAGGGAAUUCCUUGGUGGUUAGGACUUAGCUACAAGGGGAUUUUUCAAUAUGACUACCAUGACAAAGUAAAACCAAGAAAGAUCUUCCAAUGGAGGCAGCUGGAGAACCUCUAUUUCCGCGAGAAGAAGUUUUCGGUGGAGGUGCACGACCCGCGCAGGGCAUCUGUGACCAGGAGGACUUUUGGGCAUAGUGGCAUCGCUGUGCAUACGUGGUAUGCCUGUCCAGCACUAAUAAAGUCUAUCUGGGCUAUGGCCAUUAGUCAACAUCAGUUCUACCUGGACAGAAAGCAAAGCAAGUCCAAGAUUCACGCUGCAAGAAGCCUGAGUGAAAUUGCAAUUGACCUGACCGAAACUGGAACGCUCAAGACCUCAAAGCUGGCCAACAUGGGGAGUAAAGGCAAAAUUAUCAGCGGCAGCAGCGGGAGUCUUCUGUCAUCAGGUUCCCAAGAGUCAGAUAGUUCUCAGUCUGCCAAGAAAGACAUGCUGGCUGCACUGAAAUCCAGGCAAGAAGCUUUGGAAGAGACACUGCGCCAGCGCUUGGAAGAGCUAAAGAAACUGUGUCUCCGAGAAGCGGAGCUCACAGGAAAGCUGCCACGAGAAUACCCUUUAGAUCCUGGGGAGGAGCCACCUAUUGUAAGGAGAAGAAUAGGAACUGCCUUUAAACUGGAUGAACAGAAAAUCCUGCCUAAGGGAGAGGAGGCAGAGCUGGAGCGCCUGGAGAGGGAGUUUGCCAUUCAGUCCCAGAUCACAGAGGCUGCCCGGCGCCUGGCGAGCGACCCGAAUGUCAGCAAAAAGCUGAAGAAACAGAGGAAGACAUCCUACCUGAAUGCACUGAAGAAACUGCAGGAGAUCGAAAACGCCAUCAAUGAGUAUCGCAUCAAAUCUGGAAAGAAGCCAACCCAGAGAGCCUCCCUGAUCAUAGAGGAAGGAAACAUUGCCAGUGAAGACAGCUCCCUCUCGGAUGCCCUUGUUCUUGAAGAUGAGGAUUCUCAGGUCACGAGCACAAUAUCCCCUCUCCAGUCCCCACACAAAGGACUGCCUCCCCGACCACCCUUGCACAACAGGCCUCCUCCUCCGCAGUCACUGGAAGGCCUCCGCCAAAUGCAUUACCACCGCAAUGACUAUGACAAGUCCCCCAUCAAACCCAAGAUGUGGAGUGAGUCAUCCUUGGAUGAACCCUAUGAGAAGGUCAAGAAACGCUCCUCACACAGUCAUUCCAGCAGUCACAAGCGGUUCCCCAGCACUGGGAGCUGUGCCGAGGCGGGAGGGAGCAGCUCGCUGCAGAACAGCCCCAUCCGGAGCCUUCCCCACUGGAACUCCCAGUCCAGCAUGCCGUCAACGCCGGAUCUACGGGUACGCAGUCCGCACUACGUCCACUCCACACGGUCCGUAGACAUCAGCCCAACCAGACUGCACAGCUUAGCUCAGCACUUUAGACACCGGAGCUCCAGUUUGGAGUCACAAGGCAAGCUCCUCGGCUCAGAAAAUGAGACAGGGAGCCCUGAUUUCUACACCCCAAGGACUCGUAGCAGUAACGGCUCUGACCCCAUGGACGACUGCUCUUCCUGCACCAGCCAUUCCAGCUCUGAGCACUACUACCCUGCUCAGAUGAACCCCAACUACUCCACCCUGGCAGAGGACUCCCCGUCGAAAGCCAGAGAGCGGCAGAGGCAAAGGCACAAAUCAGCGGGCAAUCUGGUCUCUUCCAAUUCAGGGAGCAUGCCCAACCUGGCUGCGAGGAAUGGGACGGGGCACCACCGCGUCUACCUGCACAGCCAGAGCCAACCCUCCUCCCAGUACAGGAUCAAAGAGUAUCCCCUGUACAUCGAGGGCAGCUCCACACCCGUGGUGGUGCGGAGCCUGGAGAAUGACCAGGAGGGACACUACAGCGUGAAAGCACAAUUCAAAACCUCCAACUCCUACACAGCGGGGGGGAUGUUUAAGGAGAACUGGCACGGGGAUGAAGUGGACUCUGUCAGGCUCACCCCCUCCCGCUCCCAAAUCAUAAGGACUCCAUCUCUGGGCAGGGAGGGCCACGAGAAAGGCUCGGGUAGGACUGCCGUGUCGGAUGAGCUGCGGCUGUGGUACCAGCGGUCCACAGCCUCCCACAAGGAGCACAGCCGCCUCUCACACACGAGCUCUACUUCCUCAGACAGCAGCUCCCAGUACAGCACAUCUUCACAAAGCACCUUUGUGGCACACAGCCGGGUCACGAGAAUGCCUCAGAUGUGUAAAGCAACGUCAGCUGCCUUACCUCACAGCCAGAGGAGUUCAACACCAUCGAGUGAACUAGCAGCCACGCCACCAGGCAGUCCCCACCACAUUCUUGCAUGGCAGACUGGAGAAGCAACAGACAACUCACCCACUAUGGAUGAGUCUCAGUCUCCAACCCACCAAAGUACUGAUGAAUAGAGGUAUAGUAAGGGAAUGUUUUGUUCUUUCAUCCUUCUGCCUUAUAGUCCAUGAACACAGUGCGAAUGACGGGCAUCCCGC